CGACCGUAACGACCGCUCAGUUCAUCUUGUUUCCGCUGCCAUCAAAGAAUAUAUCGCAUAUACCUUGCUAUAACUCGACUUUAAAGACCAUGCGGGUCAUCGUUACGGGCGCAUCCGGGGUGUUGGGCUCCGCGGUAUACAAUGCAUUCAAGGCUGCGGGACACACAGUGCUUGGCCUUGCGCAUUCUCGGCCAACGGAGGAGCUGAAGCAGCUGGACCUUCUCAAUUCUGCCGAGGUGGAGAAGCUGUUCACGGAGUUCAAACCAAAUUGGGUUAUUCAUUGUGCGGCUGAAAGGAGGCCUGAUGUUGCUGAAAAGAAUCCUGAAGGCGCACGACAACUUAACGCCGUGCUUCCCGAGCACCUCGCAAAUCUCUCGAAGGCGCUCAAGUUCACUCUCGUAUACAUCUCCACCGACUACGUCUUCGACGGUACAUCCCCGCCCUACACCCCCUCCGCGAUGACGAAACCCCUCAACCUGUACGGCCGCACAAAGCGCGACGGCGAGCUCGCGGUGCUGGGUGUCGUGGGCAGCAAGAGCAUCGUCCUUCGCGUGCCCGUGCUAUACGGCCCGGCGCCGAAGAACGCGGACUCGGCGGUGAACAUCCUGCUGGACGUCGUCACGGACCAGUCGGGCAAGCAGUACAAGAUGGACCACUACGCGACGCGCUACCCGACGAACGUGCUUGAUAUCGCGGACUUUCUCGUGCGGCUUUCUUCGCUCCCACAUACCCUGGCCAUCCCUCCGAUUCUGCAUUAUUCUGCGGGCGAGCCGUUUACGAAGUAUGAGAUGUGCCUCGAGUUCUCGCGCAUCCUCGGCUUGCCGCACAGCCACAUUAUCCCAGACGCGGAGCCGCCAAAGGGAGAUGCGGCUACGACACGGCCGAGAGACUGCCAGCUGUACACGCGAGAGACGGAGGAUCUCAUGGAGGGUCAUGGCGGAUUGGGGUGGACGCCGUUUGAGGAGUGGUGGGAAGAGUAUUUGAAUGCGAAGCAGUAAUGUGCUGAACCAUUCCCGGUCUUUCCGGGUAUGCUUUAUACCUAUACCUAGCAUAUCAUGUCGUGGGAGUGCGAGGGG